AUGUCCCUGCAGGUGCGGAACCUCUUGGGUGUCAGCCAUGUGGUGACAGAGGCGAGCCUAGGCCAACGGCCCCUACCGGUGGGGAGGCAGCCGGCUGAGCACACUGCAGCUUGGGCAUAUGAGUCUGACGGGUCUUGGAAGGGCGGAAAGUCCAAGGGUGUGCCAGAGCAUUACAGCUACGAGUUGAUGGACUGGUCCUGGAAGGGCGGCGGAAAGUCCGCGGGUGGAAAGCCAUCAGAGCACUACUUGGACUGGUCCUGGAAGGGUGGCGGAAAGUCCGCAGCCGGAAAGCCCUCGGAGCACCACGAGUUGGACUUGUCAUGGAAGGGCGGAAAGUCUGCAGCUGGAAAAUGGGACCCAAGGUCCUGGGAAGGUAAAGGCUGCUGGGGCGGAGCAGGCUCCGUGUGGUGGGGUGGAGCCGGGCCGACAGUGACAGAGGUCUUCGACGAGGAGCCACAGUACAACUACGGACCGGGGCCGACGGUGACAGAGGUCUUCGAUGAGCCACUGCCACACUACAGGGCGGGGCCAACGGUGACGGAGGUCUUCGAUGAGCCACACUACGGGGCGGGGCCAAGGGUGACGGAGAUCACGGAGGAGACCACACGCCCAUCAGCAAGACGAGCGGCACAGAUGGCUCCAUUGCCGCCACCGCCGCCACCGGCAUUGUGCCGAGCCAUCCGAGUCCGCAUGUGGAGCCGACUGCUGCAUCUGCUAGCACUGGAUCAGUGCCAGAGCCCGCAGAGGCUCCGCGUCGGCGAGCUCAGGCAGGAACUGUGA